AUAUGAUAUUAUGAUUUUAAAGAACAGUAAAGAAAUAGCUGAAGUGAAAUCCUCAGAGAAAAUGUUCAGGAGGAAGUUCAUCUCCACAAAUGUUGACACACUUCUGGUCAAAGUCUUCCCUGUGAGCAUUAGAGUGUAGCAGCACCUCAGACCCCUCACAAGUAAAGGUGUGAAGAGUGUCCAGACAACACAUCUCGUUUCUAUGGCUGGGACACUGCGGCUCCCACGGCCGCUCUUUGUCCUCUUUUUCUUCUUGGUGGGGCUGCAAGGAGAGCCCAAGGACGCGCCAGAGAGGCAGAACAGGGACAUUAGCAAUGACCAGCCCCGGAUGCUGUCAGACAACGGACACCUUGUUUUCACAACAGGUGACAGUAAAGAGAUCCGCUUCAAGAGUUCAGCAUCAGGCCGGAUUAAAGUGAACGAUGAAGACCUCACACAACUUCUGAGUCAGAUCAAAUCCAACAAAGAAGAAAUCGAGGACAUAAAGACUCACGGAGGAGGAGUCCCCUCUGACAUCACCAAUAAACUGAACCAGCUGGACACCAGGACGGUCCAGAAGGUUUCCUGUAGUAGUAACCCCUGUCAGAACGCAGGGACAUGUCUGAAUCUACUGAACUCAUAUCACUGCGUGUGUCCAAACAACUGGGCUCCUAAAUACCAGUGUAUCUGUGAGAGCGGCUGGGAGGCUCCAGCUGGAAACCCUGCCUGUGUGGCUGAUGUGAACGAGUGUAACCUCCCUAACAAACCGUGUUCUGCAAACCCUGUGGUCGCCUGCUACAACACUCAGGGCUCCUUCUACUGUGGAGCCUGUCCUGCUGGUUGGCAAGGUAACGGCUACAGCUGUCAGGACGUAAAUGAAUGUCUGAACAACAAUGGCGGCUGCUCCUCUGCUCCUAUGGUGCAAUGCCUGAACACCAUGGGCUCCUUCCACUGUGGUCCAUGCCCUCCAGGUUAUGAGGGAGAUGGGAGAACAUGCACUCAGUCCAAUGUCUGCGCUACAAACAAUGGAGGCUGUCACCCGUUAGCUACCUGCACCCCUAACCCAGGAGCAAGCCUCCCUAUAUGUACCUGCCCCCCGGGCUACAUAGGCAAUGGUUAUGGACCAGCUGGUUGCACCCAGAGCAGCAACAUCUGUCAGACCAACAACCCCUGUGUCAAUGGACAAUGUGUGUCCACCUCCUCAGCUCCUGGCUACAUCUGCAACUGCAACCCUGGUUGGCAAGGGACGAACUGUGACCAGAAUAUAAAUGAGUGCUCCAGCAACCCCUGUCAGAAUGGAGGCACCUGCACCGAUGCCACCAACGGGUUCACGUGUACCUGCACUGCACAGUGGACGGGCCCACUCUGCCAGACUGCACAGCAAGAGUGUGGAGGUUCCCUGUCUGGCCCUGCUGGUUCCUUCAGUUUUCCUAAUACUCCAGGUCAUGAUGAGUACGAUCACCUGGUCAGCUGUGCCUGGGUGAUCCGCAUCGAUCCAACCAAGAUCGUCCGUAUCACCUUUCCUUUCUUUCAUCUGGAGACCAGCACCAACUGCAACUACGACUUCCUCCAGAUCCACGACGGGGACAGUGCCUCUGCCUACAUGCUGGGAAAAUACUGUGGCCAAAAUAACCCCCCGGAGAUCAUCAGCUCCCACAACUCUCUGUACUUCUGGUUCCGCUCUGACGGCUCUGUCAGCGGUGGUGGCUUCACAGUUACAUGGCAAUCUCAGGAUCCAGUGUGUGGAGACGAACUGACGGCUCCCUAUGGGAACAUUAACUCACCUGGGUACCCCGGGAACUACCCACCCAGCCGUGACUGCUACUGGACUGUGACUGUGGCGCCCGGCCUGCUCAUCACCUUUGCAUUUGGAACUCUGAGUCUGGAGCAUCACACUGACUGCAACUUUGACUACCUUGAGAUCCGGGAUGGUCUUCUACCUGAAGACCCAGUUCUGGGUCGUUACUGCAGCACUGCAUCCCCUGCCCCUCUGCAGACCACCGGUCCUGCUGCAUGGAUUCACUUCCACUCUGAUUUCAGUGUGUCUGACCGGGGCUUCCACAUCACAUACACAACAUCCCCGAGUGACCCUGGUUGUGGUGGCACUUUCACUGACAGUGAGGGGGUCAUCAUUUCCCCCAACUGGCCCAACGACUAUGCUCACAACCGCCAGUGUGUCUAUCUGAUCAGACUGCCAGAGGGAGCGGAGGUGUCUCUCAACUUCACCCACAUGAACCUGGAGAGUCACGGCAGCUGUCUCUUUGAUUAUGUGGAGGUCCGUGAUGGAAGACUGGAGACUGAUCCUUUGAUCGGGAGGUACUGUGGGUCUACCCUGCCAGCUCCCAUUAGCUCCUCCUCCAACUUCAUGUGGAUCCGGUUUAGGUCAGACAGCUCAGUCAGCCGGGCGGGUUUCAGGGCCAUGUACACUGUCGCUUGUGGUGGCACUUUGUCUGGAACCGGGCAGAUAAGCUCUCCUUACCAUCCCAACGCCUAUCCCCACGACAAGGCGUGUGAGUGGGUCAUCAACCAGCCUCAGGGAUACGUGGUCACCCUCAACUUCCUAGCCUUUGACAUUGAAGGAGGAUCCUGUCGUUAUGACUUUGUAGAGGUCAGGGAUGGUUCUACGUCCAGCUCUCCUCUGCUGGGGACGUUCUGUGGAGUUGAGAUGCCCCCCAUGCUUCAGUCCACGCAGAGAUCUAUGUACAUCUAUUUCAAAACCGACUCCUCCGUCACCAACCUUGGCUUUGAGGCAGCGUACGGCUCUGCCCUGGAAGGCUGUGGAGACACCCUGACUAGUCCUUCAGGCGCCAUCACGAGCCCCGGUCACCCCUCUAACUACCCUCAUGGUGCCAACUGUACCUGGUUCAUCAGUGUGAGCCCCGGAAACCUGGUCCGGCUGUCGUUUGACUCCUUCAACCUGGAGUACCACUCCAACUGUAACUACGACUACGUGGAGGUGUACGAUAACGGCACUGUGACGACAGGAACCAAGAUCGGAAGGUACUGUGGGCGUUCGAUCCCUCCAUCCAUCACCAGCACAGACAACCAGCUGUCCUUGCUGUUUGUGUCUGACUCCAGUAUGGUCUCUGAGGGAUUCUCUGCCAGCUACGUCUCCUUUGAUGCUUCCACAGCCUGCAGUGAGACCUUCACCUCCCCUACAGGAACCUUCUUUUCACCCAAUCACCCCGACUACUAUCCUACAAACAGAGAUUGUAUCUUCAAGAUCAUCGUGCAGGUCAACAUGCAGAUCAUGCUGAACUUCACCAGCUUUGAUCUGGAGGGCUCUCCUCCUUCAUGCAACUUUGACUUUGUGGAGAUCAGGGAUGGUGGCUAUGAGACAUCACCACUGAUUGGUAAAUUCUGUGCCAGUCAGAGGCCUCCAGUCCUCGUGUCUCACAGUAACCGCCUUUGGGUAAGGUUCAGAUCUGAUUCCAGCAUCACCCGUUCUGGAUUCAGUGCUCACUGGGAUGGAACGCAGACCGGUUGUGGAGGGACACUGACAACUGCAUCUGGAGGGUUCUCCUCCCCUAACUACCCCUUGCCUUACCACCCUAAUGCUGAGUGCUACUGGAACAUUAGGACCAGCCAGGGCAGCCAGGUCUUCCUCACCUUCUCUGACUUCCACCUGGAGUCCAGCUCGUCCUGCUUAUACGACUACUUAGCUGUGUAUGAUGGUAACAGCACCAGUGCCCCAGAGCUGGGUAAGUUUUGUGGCACUCAGAUGCCCGUUGCCAUCAACUCGUCCAGCAACCUGCUCUACAUCAAGCUACGCACUGACAGCAUGAUCAGCGCUGGAGGCUUCCUCGCAUCGUACACCUCAAGGUGCAGUGAUGUACAGAUCUCAGGCCGGCACAGCGGAGUGGUGGAGUCACUCAACUUUCCCAACGACUACCCCCUUAACUCCCAGUGCAGCUGGACCAUCCUGGCCAGCAGUGGAAACACCAUCAACUACACGUUCACUGCCUUCCAGCUGGAGAGUGGAAGCUGUUACUAUGACUACCUAAAGAUCUAUAAUGGACCUAACACACAAGCUCCUCUAAUUGGUACAUACUGUGGCUACACGCCCCCUCCAGCCAAUGGCAGCACAGGCUCAGCACUGACCGUGGUGUUCAGAUCAGACUCUUCAUUAUCGAUGUCCGGCUUCCAGAUGAUGUGGUACCAGAACGGUUGUGGUGGGGAUCUCUCUGGUCCUAGUGGCUCCUUCAACAGCCCAGAGUACCCAGACAGGUACCCUGAAAACAGAGAGUGUUUCUGGUAUAUCACCACGUCAGCUGGCAGCAGCAUGACGCUCACCAUCCACGAGUUUGAUGUGGAGUUUCACCAGGACUGCAACUAUGACGUGCUGGAAGUGUACGGGGGUCCUGACCUGACAGCUCCUCAGCUGGUAAAGCUCUGCACCACCACAUCAAGCCCAAUGCAGGUGUCCAGCACCGGAAACCUGCUCACUGUGCGCUUUAAGUCUGAUGCUUACGUCAGUGGUAGAGGUUUCAAUGCAAGCUGGGCUGAAGCCCAGGGAGGCUGUGGAGGCCCAGUAACAGCUCCGGCAGGGGAGAUCCACUCUCCUUCAUAUCCAAACAGCUACCCCAACAACGUGGACUGUUCCUGGGUGAUCAGUGUGGAUCAAAACCACCGUGUCCUCUUUAACUUCUCUGACCUGGACAUUGAGCCUCACAGCAGCUGUAUGUGGGACUAUGUGGCUAUCUAUGAUGGUCCUUCUAUGUCAUCUCCUCUGCUGGCCCGCGUGUGUGGCACCAGUCAUCCUCCCGCCAUCACCUCCACACAGAACGUCAUCUAUGUCCGCUUCCGGUCAGACUCCAGUCUCAGCCAUCGUGGUUUCAGCGCUCGCUUCUCUGAGGCUUGUGGUUCAACCAUCACAACAGACGAUCUUGGAGGAGCCAUUGCAUCGCCCCGGUACCCAGCAUUGUACCCCCCGAACCAGAACUGUAGCUGGAUCAUCAGAGCGCAGGAACCAUUCAACCAUGUGACGCUGUCCUUCACGGACUUUGAGUUAGAGAUGAACAAUCCAGACUGCUCCCACGACGCCGUCAACAUCCUCGACGGAGACAACUACCAGGCCCCGUCCAUAGGUUCGUACUGCGGCUCUGAGAUCCCUCAUCCAGUGACGUCCUUCAGUAACUCUCUGGUGGUCAACUUCAUCUCUGACAGCUCGGUCUCCAAGAAGGGCUUCAGAGCCACCUACUCAGCAUCCACCUCCAGCUGUGGAGGAGACCUGGUGAUGGAGAGUGGGGCAUUCAACAGCCCCAACUAUCCAGAUGCUUACCCGUCUAAUGUGGAGUGUGUGUGGACCAUCAGGAGCUCACCAGGGAACCGCCUCCAGCUCUCAUUUAUCACCUUCAGCCUUCAGGGAGACUACGGCUGUCAGAAUGACUUCCUGGAAAUCAGAGAGGGCAACUCCACCGGGACUCUUGUGGGUCGCUUCUGUGGAAGCUCACUCCCCUCCAACUACACCUCAGUGAUUGGCCACAUACUGUGGGUGAAGUUUGUCUCUGAUGCAUCCAUCAGUGGAGGAGGAUUUAGAGCCACCUUUGCCCACUUGUAUGGAAAUGAUCUGACGGGGGAGUCUGGUCAGAUAGCAUCCCCGAUGUACCCCAGAACAUACCCCAACAACGCUCACUACCGCUGGACCAUCACUGUGGAGGGAGACAGCUACAUCCAGAUACGCUUCUUGGACAUGGACAUAGAGGACCUCUAUGACUGCUACUAUGACAAUCUGAAAAUAUUCGACGGUCCCAGUGUUCAUUACUAUCCCCUCGGGACGUUCUGUGGUUUGAGGCUGCCCCAUCCUCUGAGAAGCACUGCCAGCACCAUCACCCUGCAGUUCCAGUCAGACUCAGUGGUGGGAGGAAAAGGCUUCCUCGUGGAGUGGACCUCUGUCCAGGACUCAGGGCCACCACCCACUAUCCCACCAGGUGCGUGUGGUGGAACCGUCAUGCCAGGGGAGGCUCCAGGCUUCCUUUUUUCUCCUGGCUGGCCUGACAGCUACCCUGCAAACCAAGAGUGCACCUGGUUAAUACGAUCUCCAGACUCUACUGUAGAGUUCAACCUCCUGUCUAUAGACAUGGAGGACUACCCCACCUGCUACUUUGACAGCCUGGUCAUCAGAGAUGGUGCCUCGAGUCUGUCCCCUGUGCUUGCCAGUGUGUGUGGUCGGGAGCCUCCAGGUCCUCUCCACUCAACAGGAGACUCCAUGUACAUCCACUUCUCCUCAGACAGCAGCGUCAGUGGCCGAGGCUUCAAUGCCUCCUACUCCAAAGGUUGUGGUGGCCUUCUGCAUGUAGACAGGGGGACCCUGAGUAGUCCCCACUACCCCCAGAACUACCUGCCCAGCCUUGAUUGUCGCUGGCAUGUGAUGGUGACACCUGGCUUCAGAGUGUCUGUUACCUUCCAGAGCCCCUUCCAGAUUUCAGGCUAUGGGACCGGAUGCAGCUCAGGAGACUAUGUGGAGCUCAGAAAUGGUCCAGAUGCCUCUUCUCCGAUACUGGGGGGUCGACUCUGUGGUUCAAGUCCACCCUCCCUCCUCCAGACGACCGACAAUCACCUGUUUGCGCGCUUUGUGACCGACGCGAGUAACGAGGCCAGUGGUUUCAAACUGACCUUUGAAGCCCACAGUCAAGCUUGUGGGGGCUACAUUGAGCUGAAUGAUUAUGAUCCUCCUGGUUAUAUCACAUCGCCUAACUAUCCACAGAACUACCCUCAGAACAUCGACUGUGUCUGGGUGAUCACUGUGCCCAACGGAGAAGCAGUCCAAAUCGACUUUGAGGAUGAAUUCUACAUCGAGACGACUAGCAGCUGUAUGUACGACUACCUGGAGCUGCGUGACGGCUCCACCUCCAACGCCGACUUGAUCUCUCGUCUCUGUGGCAACACGCGACCAUCAACCCAGCACUCCACAGGGUCCUCCAUGCUGCUCAGGUUUCGUACCGACACCAGCGUCACGCACAAAGGCUUCAAGGCCAAGUACUCCAUCGCAACAUGUGGAGGUACAUUCAUAGGUCAGAUGGGUACGCUUCGCAGCCCCGGUUUCCCUGACUCCAACUAUCCAGACAGCUCCAACUGUGAGUGGUACCUGGAGGGUCCCGUCGGGCACUACCUCACCCUGAGCUAUGAGAGCUUCAACCUGCAGACGAGUCAAGGAUGCACUGCUGACUAUGUGGAGAUCAGAGACUACAACGCUUCAGGGCGUCUGCUGGGCCGACACUGUGGCAGUAACCUUCCAGCUUCCUUGGACACAUCUGACAGUUUUGCCUACGUCAGGUUUGUCAGCGACUCAGGAGGAAACGCGGCCGGCUUCAGUCUGUCGUUUGAAGCGAGUGUUGAAGUCUGUGGAGGAGAGCUGAAUGCACCUUCAGGAACGAUUUCAUCUCCAAACUACCCCAACCUGUACCCGCACAGCCGACUGUGUCGCUGGGACCUGAUCGUGUUGCCCGGUCGCAGAGUGACACUCACCAUAAACGACCUGCGGUUAGAAGAAUCUGGUUCCUCGUGUGUUUUUGACUACGUUGAGGUUCUGAAUGGAUUAGCUGCUGACGCCCCUCGCCUACAAAGAUUCUGUGGCACAGUAUCAGCAGGCACCCAAGUGCGCUCCUCCGGCAACACCAUGACUGUCGUGUUCCGCACUGACGCCUCUGUGUCCAACGGUGGCUUCAUGGCUACUUACUCCUCAGAUGAACCUGCAGAAUGCGGAGGCGAGCUGAGCAACUCAGCCGGUGGGAACUUCACCUCCCCUGGGUACCCCAUGUCCAACUACAGCAACAACCUGAACUGUGAGUGGCUGAUCAGGAACCACCAUCACAUCAACUCUUCUAUCGUGGUCCUGAUAGAAGAUCUGCACAUAGAGAACCACCAGUCCUGCGAGUCAGACUACCUCCAGUUUCGCUUAGGUAACGCUGAUGGAGAAAUGCUGGCAAAACUUUGUGGGCAGACCGUCCCUCCAGUUCCAAUUGUGGUCUUCACCCCAGAGCUCUGGGUCCACUUUCAGACUGAUGCCUCCCAGGGAGACCUGGGCUUCAAGGCCAAAUACUUGUUCUCUGAGUGUGGAGGAUGGCAGAGUGGUGAGGGAGGGCUGUUGUCCAGUCCCAAUUACCCCAGCGCUUACCCGAGCCCCAGUCGCUGUGCUUGGCUGCUGGAGGCUCCAGCAGGUCACACCAUCACGCUAACCUUCAGCUACUUCAACCUGGAGGAGCACUCUAAAUGUGGCUGGGACUCUCUCACCAUAUUCAAUGGGGGGUCCCCUGGCUCCCCCAUUAUCGGCCAGUACUGUGGGACCACUUCCCCCGGAACCAUCCAGUCAGGAUCCAACAAGCUUGCUGUCGUCUUCCUGGCUGACCACAGUGUGUCAAGGGGUGGUUUCAUGGCCUCAUGGUCUGCAGAUUCAUCAGGCUGUGGAGGGGUGAUCCAUGCUGAUACAGGUACAAUCAAGUCUCCAAACUAUCCCCAAAACUUCCCUGCUAAUGUGGAGUGCACCUGGCGUAUCAUCGCCCAUGAAGGAAACCAUGUGGAGAUGAGCUUCAACAGUGAUUUCCAGAUUCCAGACAGCUCAGGGACCUGCCAGAGCAGCUACGUCAAGGUAUGGUCAGGUCAGAGAGAGAAUGCGGAGGCUCUGCUGUCGACAGGCUGUGGCUCGGUCGCCCCAGCUCCAAUCGUUGCUCCCUUUAAUAUCAUCACGAGCCGAUUCCAGGCGACUGGAUCACCUGGCAGAGGUUUCUCAGCCUCCUUCAUCACCAGGUGCGGAGCAAACUUCACCGCUGCCAGUGGACGUGUGGUUUCACCAAACUAUCCAAGUGACUAUCCCAACUACUCCAACUGCAACUACAGCAUCAACGUUGGAGAGAAGACUGUGGUCAUCCUCACUUUCCAGACGUUUCAGGUUGAAUCACACUCCACAUGUCUGUAUGAUGGCCUGAAGAUCUACAGUCUGGCGACUAGUGGGUCUCCCAUUGCCACUCUGUGUGGGUCCACUGUCCCAGGUCCCUUCUCCUCCUUUGGCCCCAUGUUGCUCAACUUCUAUUCUGACUCUGUGGUCCCCAUGCGUGGUUUCAUGGCAGAGUACACAGCUAUUCCAUGUGGUGGUUUCUUCAACAGCACCAUGGGUACAGUGAGCAGCCCAGCACUCUCCAUGGCUAACUACCAUCACAACAUCAACUGCACCUACCACAUCAUGGUUCAGGCCAACACAGUGGUGGAUCUCAAGUUUAACACGUUUCACCUGGAGGCGUCCUCCUCCUGUCGUUAUGACUAUGUGGCGGUGUACGAUGGACAGGACUCCCUGGCACCUUUGCUUGGGAAAUUCUGUGGUACAUCGCUCCCACCAGAUCUGCGCUCCACUUCCAACCAACUGUACAUCAUCUUCAGGACCGACGCCUCAGUCAACGGGGUUGGCUGGAGGGCUGUUUAUUCUGAAACAUUAGGUCCAGCUCAGGGAUGUGGAGGAUACCUGUCCAUGCCCAUGGGCAUGUUUGGCUCUCCAGAUCCAAACCUGGAUGGACGCUAUGAGCCCAGGAUGGACUGCAUGUGGACCAUCGAGAUGCCAGUUAACAAAGUUAUCAACCUGACCUUCACGUCCUUCGAUCUUGAGAGCUCCUCCUCUUGCCGCUAUGACUCUGUCAAAGUGUAUGAUGGAGACAACACUAACUUCCCUCUGGUCGGGACGUUCUGUGGAAACACCAUCCCUUCAUUUUUUAUCUCAGCUGGAAACUUUCUGACCAUCCACUUUUUAACCGACAGCUCGGUCCAAAAACAAGGCUUCAAUGCUACCUACAGAUCUAUGCCACUGGUGUGUGGUGGGACUGUGAACGCCACCACCAAUGUCCAGACCCUGACAUCACCCUACUUCCCCAACCCCUACCCCGCUUACACCUCCUGUCGCUGGAUCCUGGAUGCUCCUGCACAGGAAACCAUCAAAGUAUCUGUGCAGACCUUUGUCCUCCAGCCCAGCCAGAGCUGCUCAUCCAACUACCUGGAGAUGAAGGACUGGCCUCUGGGAGAUUAUGGACAGUCCCUGAAAACCUGUGCAGCAGAUGGUCGUCCUCUUGACUUCUACAGCUAUGGCAGAACAGUUCUUCUUCACUUCAAAUCUGACGCCUUCAUGGCUGGGAACGGCCUGAGCUUUACCUAUCAGAUCGCUGGCUGUAGCAGAACCUAUGAACAGGAGUACGGCUACCUGAAGAGUCCUGGCUGGCCUGACAUCUACCCCUACAACAUGGACUGCACCAUCAUCCUGAAGGCCCCCCAGAACAGUCACAUCUCCUUCUUCUUCAACAGCUUUGAUUUGGAGAGCCACACUAACUGUGGCUUUGACUUCCUGGAGAUCCGUAACGGUAGCACAGCAGACUCACCGCUGAUUGAUCGGUACUGCGGCAGCACUGUGCCAAACCCAAUCUUCCCCAGGUCCAAUGAGCUCUACCUCCGCUUCAAGAGUGACUUCUCUCAUGCUCGAGACGGCUUCGAGGCCACGUGGACGUCCUCCCCUCAAGGUUGUGGCGGCACUCUGUUUGGAGACCACGGCUCAUUCGCGAGUCCCAACUACCCAGGCACCUAUCCCAACGGUACCCAGUGUGAAUGGAGUAUCGUAGCACCCAGAGGCCGUGUGGUGACCGUCACCUUCGCUCAGAUCAGCAUCGAUGACCCUGGAGACUGCCAGAACAACUUUUUGAAGUUGUAUGACGGCCCGGACGCCUCCUCAGCGCCUGUUGGACCGUACUGUGGAGCGGAAACCAACAUAGCUCCGUUCACAGCCUCCUCCCAUCAUGUCUUCAUCGUUUUCCAAGCCCAGUAUGCCACCCUCCCCUCAGGAUUCAGACUCACCUGGAGCAGCUGAAAAACAUCCCCUUCCAUGAACACACACUCACAUUCAUACACUGUUUCUGACUUAUUAUAUUUUAAAUGUAAACAAUGUGCAUUCAUUUUGAGUAAAUAAUAAAUCUUCAUAA